GUGGGCUUGAGCCAGCGUGGAUGCACGGAUGUGCGGACGGUGCGGGUGCAAGGGAAAGGGUGGAAAUGCGUGGGGAGAAGGGUGCAAGGAUACGGAUGGAAAUGGGUGGGGAGAAGGGCCAUGUUGCAGUGGGCAUGAGCGAGGGUGGAUGCGCGGACGUGCACGGUCGCUGCGGGGGCAAGGGCACGGAUGGAAAUGGGUGCCAUGGAGAAGGGCCCAGUGUGGAUGCAAGAGAAUGGGCGGAAAUGGGUCGGGAGAAGAG